AGGCAACAUCGAAUACAGACAAAAUUGGGUUCCUCAAUGAAAUCUACCUUUCUGGAUUUCCUUGGAUUCUCAAAGAGAUCUGUUGGUUCUCACCAGGGACUACUGAAAAUCAUCACCAGAUAUCAUACAUUUCUUGUGAAGAACCACAGGAAACAAACUCACCACAAAACCGGGGGGAAAAAAAAUCUUCUUUUAUUUGUCAAUGUGAUUAAAAUAAACUCUCCUCCAUGAGAUGCUUCUCUUUUGCUCGUGUGGAGAAGCUUUGAGGAGAAAGAAGUCCUUUAUUUUGGGAGAUUCAAAUUCUUCACGGGUUCUGAAGAGUUAUAAUUGUCAGAUGCUGAAUUGAUCCAUACGACUGAAAACUGAAAGGAUAAAAUAAUCUAUAGGCAUUGAUGUUGCCACAUCUGCAUUCUUGAGCGAGAAGCAAAGCAGAAGUCCACAAAAGCAUAACGCAAGUGACUUAUUCUGAAGAACUUCUGUGAAAUUUUCCACAUCCUCUGCCAUACUUCUUGGAAAAACCAGAAUAGAUGCAAAUGUCAUUUGGUGCCUGUUGACUAAACUAAGGGUAAAUGGUUCAUCCUGUAGCUUUCUGGAUCCCUCAUUGAUCCUCAACAAGAAGCAGAAAUUAAAUUUAAAAGAAAAGAUUCAACUCCGCAGAACACGACAACCAACUCUUCUGAAAUAAUGGAUUCUAAGAUGGGAAACCUGACCUUCAAUUAUACUGAACACAAUGGCACUGAGGCCAUCCACUCGAAGAGCAAAAUUUAUCAUACUGGAUAUUUUGGGAUGAUAAUCUAUUCUUUAAUCCUUUUAAUCUGUAUUCCAGGGAUUAUUGGAAACGGCGCCGUCAUCCAAGUUUUGCGUUGCCGGAUGAAGAAGAAUCCUUUCACUGUGUACAUCCUUAAUUUGGCUGUGGCGGACAGUGGGACUCUCGUAUUCAUAUUUAUUUCCGCAAUUCUGCACAUGACGAUUGAAGACUCUCUGAUAGAAAUAAUUGAAAUGUUAGCAUUCACUUAUUGCACCGGUCAACUUCUUCUGACUGUCAUUAGCAUUGACCGGUGCUUGGUUCUUUUCUUCCCCAUUUGGCAUCGAUGUCAUCAGCCCCCAUACCUGUCCACCGUCGUCUGCGCCAUUAUUUGGAUAGUCUCCAUCUUUUUCUGUGGAAUUCAUUACACUCUGAUUUUGGUUAAGCGCCAUCGAAGUUUCAGCCGGUUCUAUCACGUGUUCAUCUAUAUCACAGUUUGCAUCCCGCUCAUGAUGGUCUCGACUCUGGCCCUCCUCAUCAAAGGCUACGUCAAAUCACAGAAGCAGAGACGAAGGAAGCUUCUGGUAGCCAUCUUGCUGUCCCUGUUUUUCUUCCUCAUCUUUUCUUUCCCGCCAAUUGCCAUCUAUGCCGUCAAUGUUAUUUCCAGGAACAAAUAUUUCAACUUAAUUGUGUUCGACUACUUAUGUGCCUGUCUAAACAGCAGUGUUAAUCCGUUGAUCUAUUUUCUGCUGGGGAGAAGGAAGGAACAUCGUUCUAUGUACAACCUAAAAGUAAAUCUCCAAACACUUUUCAAGGAGGCAGAAGAGAGCGACGAGCAAUCAGAGGUCCCGGUUGAUACCUAGAUAUAAUCUAC